GUCACUGCUCUGCAAGGUGUCACGUCACUGCGACGAGGGUCCAAGAGUAAAGAAGAGGGUUGAGGAAGAGCUUGAGAGUAGAAGAAAAAGAAAAGAAAUCAUGGCAGAAUCUGCAAAAUCUCCACAAACUGAACUUCCUCACAGAGCUUUUGGGUGGGCUGCUACAGACACUUCUGGGACCCUUUCGCCCUUUCAUUUUACCAGAAGGGAAAACGGCGUUGACGACGUCACCGUCCAGAUUCUGUUUUGCGGGGUUUGCCAUUCUGAUCUUCACACUGUCAAAAACGACUGGGGUUUCACCACUUACCCUGUCGUUCCAGGGCAUGAAAUUGUUGGUGUUGUGACAAAAGUUGGAAAUAAUGUGAAAUACUUUAAAGCGGGUGAUAAAGUGGGAGUUGGUGUUAUAGUGGAGUCUUGCAAGGAAUGUGAAUGUUGCCAACAGGAUUUAGAGAAUUACUGUCCCCGCCCUGUGUAUACCUAUAAUUCUCCUUAUUAUGAUGGGACACGAACCCAAGGUGGUUAUUCUAACAUUGUGGUUGUCAACCAGCGUUAUGUGCUCCGAUUUCCUGACAACUUACCCCUUGAUGCUGGUGCUCCACUGCUGUGUGCGGGGAUAACUGUGUAUAGCCCUAUGAAAUAUUAUGGGAUGACAGAGCCUGGCAAACAUCUGGGAGUGGCAGGGCUAGGUGGGUUAGGCCAUGUUGCAGUCAAAAUUGGUAAGGCCUUUGGGCUGAAAGUUACUGUCAUUAGUGGAUCUCCAAACAAGGAAGCUGAGGCAGUUGACACACUCGGGGCUGAUUCUUUCGUUCUUUCCUCAGACCCUGCAAAAAUGAAGGCUGCUAUGGGAACCAUGGACUAUAUCAUAGACACAAUUUCUGCUGUUCAUUCGCUGAGUCCACUGCUUGGUCUGCUGAAGCUGAAUGGGAAGCUAGUUACUGUAGGGUUGCCUAACAAGCCUCUUGAGGUGCCUAUCUUCCAAAUAGCCGCAGGAAGGAAGCUUGUAGGGGGGAGCAACUUUGGAGGGAUCAAGGAAACCCAGGAAAUGCUUGAUUUCUGCGGAAAGCACAACAUAACUGCAAAUAUCGAGCUGAUUAAGAUGGACCAAAUCAACACUGCCAUGGAAAGGCUUGGAAAAGGUGAUGUGAAAUAUCGCUUUGUGAUUGAUGUGGCCAACUCUUUCUCAAGUUUGUAGAAGAACAUGCGCAAGCGUGUCACCUUACAUGUCUGGCACCUUAGAUUUGUCUCGGUAUCUUAAGAAUAAUUAACAUUGGCUUUGGUAUCUUAAGAAUAGUUAAGAUUGGCCUUGUUCCAGAACAUCCUCUCUUCAAUAAUAUUACCUUUUUGGGUUUCCAAUUUA